CGGCGUCAUUAGGUCAGAGGUGAAUCACGUGGAUAUUCCCGGUUCCGGCGCGGCCGAGGCCCGCGGUGGUGAAGACUCUCUGGCACCAUGUCUGGUCCGCCCGGCCUACUAUCCUGGCGUGGCCCUUGCCCGUUGGCCUGGCUGCUUUUGUUCCUGUUCGGCCCCAACUUGGUCCUUGCUAUCUCCUUCCAUCUGCCGGUUAACUCCCGCAAGUGCCUCCGCGAGGAGAUUCACAAGGACCUGCUGGUGACAGGCGCUUACGAGAUCUCCGACCAGUCCGGGGGCGCUGGCGGCCUGCGCAGCCACCUCAAGAUCACAGAUUCUGCUGGCCAUAUUCUCUAUUCCAAGGAAGAUGCAACCAAGGGGAAAUUUGCCUUUACCACUGAAGAUUAUGACAUGUUUGAAGUGUGUUUUGAGAGUAAGGGAACAGGGCGGAUACCUGACCAACUCGUGAUCCUAGACAUGAAGCAUGGAGUGGAGGCGAAAAAUUACGAAGAGAUUGCAAAAGUCGAGAAGCUCAAACCAUUGGAGGUGGAGCUGCGCCGCCUAGAAGACCUUUCAGAGUCAAUUGUGAAUGAUUUUGCCUACAUGAAGAAGAGAGAGGAGGAAAUGCGCGAUACCAACGAGUCAACAAACACCCGGGUCCUAUACUUCAGCAUCUUUUCAAUGUUCUGCCUCAUCGGACUAGCCACCUGGCAGGUCUUCUACUUGCGUCGCUUCUUCAAGGCCAAGAAGUUGAUUGAGUAAUAAGAGAGGUGCGCUUUCCUCCCACCUUGUAUCUCAGCCAGCAGGACAUCGCUGGGACAUGCCUGGCCUAAGGCAUCCUGCCAACAGCACCAUCAAGGCACAUUGGAGCUUUCUUGCCAGAACUGAUCUCUUUUGGUGUGGGAGGACAAGGGGUACCACCUACAGCCAACAAGUCAAAGAGGGACUUCUUUUUAACUUCGUAGGAUUUGGACUGGUUUUGCAACAACAGGGACUAUUAUUAGAGUCACCUAUGACAAAAAAUAACAGGGGUUACCUAGGUAAUGCCAGAGCCAACAUUUGUACUGGUUUCCUCAUAUGAUCUGUUAGAACCAUACUUCUUUCCUUCUCCCAUUUGCUCCCCAGCUUGGGUUUCUGCUCCAUUUCUUUUUCCAAGAGUUGUGCGACCAUGUUGAGCUGGUUUUAUUCUGAUUGUCCUCUUUGGGUUUCCUUGUGAAAACACUCUUCACCUUCUCUUGGCCUUUAGUUGAAAUGUUUACCUAGCUUCUGGUGAUGUCUUUUUAUAAUUUUAUGUCUCUUAGAAGGGUGAUGGAUGUGAUGCCUCAUAAAAGGGAGCUUUGACCUGUAUAUAACGCCUAAAGAAAAUUUCAUUUUAAACAAUUAAAAUAUUUGUGCUCAACUGUUGAA